AUUAUAACUAAUAUCCUGCUUUUUAGUCAUGCUGAUACUUGUAGAAUCCGAUUGCGGCCGGAUUCACAAAGUCCCGAUUAAUGAGAAUCGAGUAGACAUGCGUCAUACCGAAAGUGGAAACUGUCGUAGCGCUUUACCUAAUGCCCAGAAAAAGACCGUUGAAAACGCAAGCAACAUCGCGCAGAAAGCGGCGCAAGAAGCAAAAGCCGCGUCUGAAGCACAGAAUAUGGCUGGUCAACAAGCAGCGCGUCAAGUAAAGACUCAACUGGCGGAGAAGGCGGUUCAAGCUGCCAAAGCCGCUGAAGCGGCCUUAUCAGGUAAAGAGGCAAUGGUCGAACAGCUGCUAGAAGAAGUCAAGGAAGCACGAUCGGUGGUUCAGGAAGAAACGUCUUCUUUGCAACAAGCACAAGCUAACGUCAAUGCUGCGAUCCAGGCAGCGCGGCAGUCACAAGAUCAGUUGAAGACAUUGACGAACGCAGUGCGUAGAGCCAAAUCGAACGCGGCAAACGCUCAGGCGGCUGCGAGCGGAGUGCAGAGAUCGCUACGAGAGAAAGAAGAACUACUAGAGGCGGCCAGGAGACGAGUGGAUGAAUUGUCAAAUCAGUUACGAAGUGCUCGGCAGGAUCUCCUGAACACGAGUCGUGCAGCGGCCAAAGCUAACGCUUCUGCGCACGAAGCGAAAGUGAACGCUAGAAACAAAAGGAGAUUGGCGAAUCUUAGGAGAUUGCGGAUGACACACUCAACUGCGACGCGAGCUACUUCUUGAGAUGAGACAUGCAGGAAGAUUUAUCAAAUUAAUAUGAUCAUGAUUAAUACUAAUAAGAUUGUGCACUUUAACAGUUUUGGACGACUUUUUUUACAAAUAUACAGAUUUCGCGUUUAUACAUAUCUUUUGUAAUAAAUGAUCGG